AUGUCGGAUACCAAACACCCUGUUGGAGUGCAGACCUCACCUGCGGCUCCUGACGCCGUCGCGUCUCCAUACUUCGAGCCUCCUAAGCAGAACGAUCCAGUGACUGUCAAUGAGAAUACACAGGAGGAUGACUCUGGCUCUGAAGCUGUUGCGGACCGUAUCGAUACGCAGAAGAAGGGAUUCUGGGCCUACUUUACAACAAAGGAGUUCUAUAUCACGCUGAUACUUGGGCAGGUGCUGGCCAUAACAAAUACUGCCACAAGUACUUUCAGCACUCUUCUAAGUCAGGAGGGUACCUCGAUUCCGGCUUUUCAGUCUUUCUUCAAUUACGUUCUGCUCAACCUCAUAUUUACACCUUACACUAUCUACCGUUAUGGUUUCAAGGGCUGGCUCCGCUUGAUGUGGCGCGACGGCUGGAAAUAUAUUAUCUUGGCUUUUUGUGACGUCGAGGGCAAUUACUUCAUUGUGCUGGCAUACCGUUAUACGACAAUGCUUAGCGCCCAGUUGAUCAACUUCUGGGCCAUCGCCGUCGUCGUUUUUAUCUCUUUCCUCUUCUUGCGCGUUCGGUAUCAUAUUACACAGAUUCUGGGUAUUUUGAUCUGUAUCGGUGGUAUGGGUGUCUUGAUUGCAUCCGAUCAUAUCACGGGCUCAAACGGAGGCAAUAUUUCCAGCGGCAACCAGAUCAAAGGCGACCUCUUUGCGUUGUUGGGUGCGAGCUUCUACGGUCUCACCAACACCGGAGAGGAGUACUUCGUCAGCAGCCGCCCCGUGUACGAAGUGCUUGGUCAGAUGGCCUUCUUCGGAAUGAUCAUCAACGGCGUCCAGGCCGGUAUUUUCGACCGUCACUCUUUCCAGAUCGCCGUCUGGAACAGCAGAGUCGGCAGCUAUUUUACCGGAUACACCCUCUGUCUCGCAUUCUUCUACUGCAUGGCCCCGCUCUUAUUCCGCCUGUCGUCCGCAGCCUUCUUCAACAUCUCCCUGCUGACCAUGAAUUUCUGGGGCGUCUGCAUCGGCAUCGAGGUCUUCCACUACAACAUCCAUUGGAUGUACCCGAUCGCAUUCGUCCUUAUCAUUGUCGGCCAGCUCAUCUACUUCCUCGGAAAGCGAGUUCUCGGCGAAGCCCGCAAGCCCUGGCUCGGUAAGAACCAGGAACGUGGCUUUGCGGGGCUCUUCACCGCAAAGGCGAAGAUCGACUCUGUCCGCGCUAACUUGGCUUCUAACAAUAAUCAUAAUGCUAAUGCUGGUGGUGCCCACCAUGAUGACCGCACUGCGGCUACGAUUGAUGAGCGUCAUUCAAAUGCCGUUUGA